AUGCGUAUUUUCGUCUUGAUUGGGCUUUUCGGACUCUUCCUCAUUGCUGCCCCGCACAGUCAUCGUUGCAUUUCGUGCAUGGACCACAGAUUGUUGGAUUCAUCGUUUUUUGCUAAAAUGACUGCUAAGCAGAUGCUCGCCUGGAAGCACCGAAGAAUUUUGCCGCAAUGCCAAAAUACCGCUGCCGUUACACUCGUCAAUUGCAAUAGCUCCUGUGUGAAAAUCAAUAUGGCUCAGCACACGAAUGGCAACCAUUGGGCCGUUAUUGGAAAAUACUACGACUGUCAAACUUCCGAUCUUGCUCAAUUUUUGACCAGCAAGAAAGAGAGUGACCCAUAUUUAUACAUCUUGCAAGAAUUUUCGGAUGGCAAUCAAAUCAGCGAUCUCACGGGAAACUUUCUCGACAAUUUCUAUAACAGUUAUUUGGUUGGUAUUGCCAUUGUAUUUGCUUUUGUCAUCGCCAUCCUCACCUACUAUUUCAUUGAAAGUCUUGGAAAUAUUUUCGGAUUUCGCGUUUUCGGAUUCAUAAAUAACCCGAUUGAAAGCAAUGACAACUAA